CAACUACGGACCGACGACGCAAAGCGACAUAAGUGCAAUUGAUAAUUAUUCAAAACGAAUUCAAGUGGACUGGCCUCUGUGUCGCUUGACAGCUUCUAGAAACUUUGGAGGGACAUUUUUCUAAAUUGGUGGUGACACAAGACCACGGAACGCUUGCAAGGGUUUUUGAGUAUUCUUGACCACUGCAGGCUAAUCAAAAUAUACAUGUAAUUUAUUUUACUGCCACCCUCUCUUAAAAAAAAACACGUGACAACUGCAAUCACUGCAUUCCUGCGAGUCCAGGUUUAGGAAUUGUCACACAUUUGCAAGUAUCGGCUACCUUGUUUCAGUCGAUCCUGGGACAAACGCGGUGAGGCUGGAUGUUGCAGGCGGUGGGUCAGUGAGCGCGAGGACCAAGUACCUCUACGAAGUCCACAACUCCCGACCUAUCUUACCUGAUGCCGUGCAUGAUGAUUGUCCUUGGAAUACUUAUGAAUGUCCUCAGUCAUGGCAGCGUGCUGUCAGGCUCCAUAGACUGUCAGGAGGCUGAGCGAGGCUGUGUACAGGAGCAGGAAUGUACAGCAGUGUACAGGGUGCUGGAGUACUGUGCUGCUGAGGAGGCCGUGUCGCCCCUGGGCCAAGACGCCCGGGGGGAGUGUCUGGAGGCCCAGAGCGCCCUGCAGCAGUACCGCCCCCUCCAGGCCUGCAAGUGCCAGCGCGGCUCCCGCCGGGAGGAGCUGUGCCUCAGGGUCUACUGGACCAUCAGAUUCGCUGUGUAUAAUGAGUACGAGGUGUCUCCGUAUGAAGAUCUGGAGGUGGAGUUUGUGAGGCACAUAGAGAUGUCACGCAUGGCCUCCAUCAUGGCAGCCUCCUCUUUUCCUCUGGAUGGGCAGAACCAGUGUCUGAAAGCAGCCCAGGACUGUGGUCUGUAUGAGAAGUGUGGUUCUCUGAGGUCGGAGUAUGUUGUAGCCUGCACCAAGCGGGCUCCGGGCUCCGACGGCAGCUGUAACAGACAGAAGUGCCACCGGGCACUGCGGCGCUUCCUGGAGCGGGUACCAGAGGAGUACAGCUUCGCCCUGCUAUUCUGUCCCUGCUCUGAUGCCCUCUGUGGGGAGCGCCGGCGGAAGACCAUCGUACCGUCGUGUUCCUAUGAGGAGAGAGACAGCAAACCCAACUGCCUCAGCCUGCAGGGCUACUGUGCCAGGGAUGAGCUGUGUAGAUCUCGUCUGGCUGAUUUCCAGCACAACUGCCAGCCCUCGUCACAUUCUCCCUCUGGCUGCAUGAGAGAGAGUGGAGCCGUCUGCCUUAAGGCCUACGCCGGGCUCAUAGGCACCAUCAUGACCCCCAACUAUGCCAACAAUCUCAGUAUGGACGUGUCCCAAUGGUGCACCUGUGAGGGAAGUGGGAACCAAUGGCAGGACUGUCUGCGCAUCAUGAACAUGUUCCACAGAAACGUCUGUCUGCGAAAUGCUAUCAGUUAUUUAGGUGGCUCUUCCCCUCGCCCUGUGGAGAGCACCACCCUGCCCCCUCGUCACCACGCAUCAGCCACCCCCUCUCCACACAUCUUUCAGGACAAGGACAAGAUCAAUGUCAACGUCAACAUUUUAUCAGAACGCAACAGUGUGGAGGACAACGAGGAAGAGGAGGUAGAGGAGGAAAGCCAGGAAUUCAAUGUUAUCCCACUGUAUUCUGAGAAGGAGAAGUCUAGUGUGGGCUCCGGGACCCGAGGAGGCCGUAGAGGAGCGGCAAGCCAGACAGCACCCAUGCUGCCCCUGCUGCUGCUGCCUGCUGCUAUGCUGGGCUGGUGGUGUCCGGUAUAACGAGCCCCCCUACUACCCCUCUUACGAUCAGCUACAGUAUCACAUUCACUGGGUCACCUCCACCAUGGCACUGAGACUGAUGAGGAGACUUAAGGCUGAGGGAAGAACAACCACAAUGAGGAAAUGGACAUUCACACCUUUCUAUUAUGGCACUCUGUCUUACAUUCAUUUCAUGCUUUCUGUUUUCCUUUGUUACUUUCCAUCAUUAUUUUUCUGCAAUCUCUAUCUCUCCUGCUCUGACUGCUCAUGGUCUUUAGUAGUCCUAGCUGCCCAUCUCUUAGCUCUUCUCUCUCACAUCAGUACACAUGGAGUUGAACAAGCUGUGCAGAUAAAUAAAUAAAUGGAUGAAUUAAUAAGGUCUGUCUGGAGGAAUCGAUGUGGCUGUCUGUCCAGUGCCUGCCUCAAGAUUGGGCAUCCAGCUCCACUCUCCCUCUUCAUGAGGAACCCACA